CAGCCUGUGCGCCGGAGCUGCCCUCUCCAAGCGGAGUGCGUGCGCAGACGCGCGUGUGUGAGUGUGUGCCUUCAACCCACGCUGCCUCUCACAUUUGUCUAGGAAAAAGCCAGCGUAAUUAAAGAAUUUGAAGAUGGGGAAAGCCAGCGAGAUCAACGGACACGCCAUGCCCAGCUCCGAGUCCACCGCCCGGAUCCUGGAGAAGAGCGAGGAGGCGGCGGAGGAGAGGAGCGCGGAGAACGGCUGCAGGCGGAGGCUGAUGGAGUUCCUGAGGAGGAACCUGCUGGUGAUCCUGACCGUGUCCGGGGUGCUGCUGGGCGUGGGGCUCGGGAUGGUUGUCCGCAACAUGAAUCUGACCAAAGCGCAGAUGACCUACUUCGCCUUCCCGGGAGAAAUGCUGCUCCGCAUGCUGAAGAUGAUCAUCCUUCCCCUGGUGGUCUGCAGCCUCGUGUCCGGCGCCGCCAGCCUGGACACCCGCUCGCUGGGGAAGCUGGGGGGCAUCGCCGUCGCCUACUUUCUGGUCACCACGUUGAUCGCCUCGGGGAUCGGGGUGGCGCUGGCCUUCAUCAUCAAGCCGGGGGUGGGCGCGGGAGCCCUGAACACCAACAACCUGGGGCUGGAGAGCGUGAGCAGCAACAAGGAGACCACCGACUCCUUCCUGGACCUGGCCAGGAAUUUAUUCCCAGCAAACUUGGUGGCAGCUGCUUUCCGUUCUUAUGCCACUGACUAUAAGAUGGUUUCUGUGGGGAACAACACCAACGGGACAACCAUCUAUCAAAAGGUCCCUUAUGGUACUGAAACUGACGGCAUGAAUAUCCUGGGCCUGGUGCUGUUUGCCAUGGUGUUUGGGGUGGCACUGCGUAAACUAGGAGAGGAGGGGGAGGAGCUUAUUCGUUUCUUCAACGCCUUCAACGAAGCCACUAUGGUGCUGGUGUCCUGGAUCAUGUGGUACAUCCCCUUCGGCAUCAUGUUUCUGGUGGGCAGCAAGAUUGUGGAGAUGGAGGAUGUGGUUCUUCUGGUUACCAGCCUUGGAAAAUACAUCUUUGCCUCAAUCCUGGGCCACAUCAUCCAUGGAGGCAUUGUCCUCCCCCUCAUCUACUUUGGCUUCACGCGGAAGAACCCCUUCAGCUUCCUGUCUGGUCUCAUCACGCCGUUCACCACUGCCUUUGCCACAUGCUCCAGUUCAGCAACUCUCCCCUCCAUGAUUAAGUGUGUGGAGGAAAACAACGGCGUGGACAAGCGCAUCAGUCGCUUCAUCCUGCCCAUCGGCGCCACCGUUAACAUGGACGGAGCGGCCAUCUUCCAGUGCAUUGCUGCCGUCUUCAUCGCUCAGCUCAACAACACAGAGCUAAACGCCGGACAGAUCUUCACCAUCCUGGUGACAGCUACCGCUUCCAGUGUGGGGGCGGCAGGCAUCCCCGCCGGCGGCAUCAUCACCAUCGCCAUCAUCCUCGAGGCCAUCGGUCUGCCAACAAACGACCUGUCCCUCAUGCUGGCUGUCGACUGGAUUGUAGAUCGCACGACCACAGUAGUGAACGUGGAGGGCGACGCUCUGGGCGCAGGAAUCCUCCACCACAUCAACGAGCAGGAGACGAAAAAGCAGCAGAAGCAGCCGGAGGAGGAGCUGGCGGAGGUCCGGGUGGACGUGGUGGCCAACGCCCAGGCGGAGGAGGAGACAUCGCCGCUUGUCAUGCGUCAAACCAAAUUCUUAGAGGUCACGCCGGAAGCUAUAGAAUCUGUCCUGUGAAGGCAACCAGACUUUGUUUCAUUUUAUUUGCCCUGACCAUGUACAACAGUUGUGAUGAUGGAGCGUCUGUCCAUCACUACUGUGAGCAGGAAGAGCUACAAAUCCUAUAAAAAAAAAAAACGAUGAUGGCCACAGAUCUUACUAUUUUAUUGGAGCUAAGGUUUAAAAAAAUCUGUUUAAAAAUGAUCCCUUCAGAUUAUAGUUUCUCAGUUUUAAGCAUUUUGCUUUAAAUUAAACAUAAAAUCUUUUAACUGUAACUUGACAAAAACAUUCCCAUAAAAGCCGGAGUUCUGUUUGUGUGAGGUAGAGUGUAAGACACAGAGUCUACUUCUUUGUAUUUAUCUUGAGACAGAGAAAGAAAACAAGGAGCAUUGAGAAUUGACUGACAAAUUCUGGUAAGUCAACAAUGUUCUCGAAAAGCUUUACACUGUCUGUUCUAACUAUAUUAUACAUUCCAUCAGUUGAUUUUAGAAGGAAGAAGCAAGUGUUCAGUUUUGAUUGUCUGCUUUUUGUGUAAUUAGCCAUUUAUUACAGCUUUUUUUGUAAUUCUUUUUUUUUUUUACUAUCUACAGUCAUACAUAGGGUACAUGUUGGCCUUUUUUUUGUUGACUGUUAGCCGCUAAUGUCAAAGCUGACAUAUGAUGGGCAGGGUGCUUAACCACAUAUUUAAGUUUCUUUUUUAUUUUCUCCUCACAAAAUACCAGAAAAUGCUGUGAAGUACUUUGAAGACAGAACCGCCUGGAUGUUUUCUGAUGUGUGAAAACCUGGUCAUGAUAACAUGGUAUUGGACUGCAAUCAAAACCACUGCUUUCUGUGUCUCUGAAACUACAACAAAAUGAGUGUUUUACAAGUUUACAUAAGAUGGCAGCCUGUUAUUGCCCCGCCCCUUCCUUUAAGAUGUCAGUCUGAAGUUAUAUUUGUUUGCAUCAACCUUUUUUUUGUCUAUUUUUCUUCUAUUUUAUAAUUAGAUCUGCACAAAGUUGAUGCAAUGUUGAAUGUUCCUCUUUUAACCUGAAAAGAAAUUGCUCCUGUUUUGGCUGCUAGCAUUAGCUUCAAACAAUGAAUUAACCUCACACACACUGGAAACGGUUAAUAUAUAUAUAAUAAUGGUAUACUGCAAUUGCAACUUUGGGCAUGUUGAUUUAUUGACGUGCUGUGCUAGCCUACUUCAAGGUUCAGUCGUUGUGCUGAUGUAAAUAUAAGUGUGUAUGAACUCACAUUUAGAUGAGUAUUUGCUAACAAACUAAUGAGCUCAACUAGCUAGCUAAGAUUAUGAUUCUUCAUUGAAUGUAGGCUUCAUUCAGGUUGUCCAGAAGUAAAAGUGGUGACUGGUUAUUGAGAAUACAACUAUGUUCACACCGGGCUAGGGACAUGCAUUUUUGAACAUGCAUAUGGCGUUCACACCACACACUAGCGCAUGUCGAACACCUACAGUUGGAAGAGGCUAGGUGCGACGCGUUGAAGCGGUGCAAAUCUGGCUCUAUGAUUUUUUGUUUUAAAGCUCUAUUUCAAUAUAUUAAAGAUUUGGUGUCAUAUUAUUAACCAAAAUUAAUAAUUUCUCCCCCACAACAAUUUUUUAGGUGGUUGGCCCUUCCAUGAAUUAAAAGGGACGCCGUCUAUAUCCCACUACCAAAUCUAAGUCCCUAACUGGUCAAAGUUCAACCUGGUUUAACUUUCAACAUGCAUUCUGUUGAAACCUAUUUUAUACAUAGAGCCCCCAUACUGUCCCAAAAAUGUAUGCAGCUAUGCGUGAACUUGCAAUGCCGAGUGUGGUGUGAGCGUAGCUUAACAGUUACUGUGAUUAUGCUGCUCAAAGUUAUAUUUGCCGCUGCAUUGAUCUAGGUUACAUACUUCCAUUCAAUAGCUGUUGCUAUGUUGUUGCUAUUAGAAGUGGCCACAGCAAAUUUUUGAUUCAUAAUUUUGAUUUGGCGUUAGAUUUAUGUUGGAUGGCCUUUCUGACACAGCCCUCUGCAUUUACCUGGACUUCUGUCUGGGUUGGACCCCUUAUGGUUUCAUUGAAUCCACUUCUUCAACCUCGUCUUGGGCUAACUGUUUAGCCUGUGCAGCUGAAGUUAAAAGUAUGAUAACAGUUAUAAUUGAAGCUGCAGGCAGCAUUGACGUGAAGAAAAACGUCAUAGUUAAGAUGUGUGAGGCUAAAAGUUACCAGGUCAGUGUUAACUUGCAACAUCCAUCACAUGCCAUGUUAGCUCCAGCUACAACUACCCAAACUGUCUUUUUGUGUUUUUUUGGCUAUCUUUUUAACUUUUGAUUGUUGAAGUCUGUUGUUCUCAAGGGAGGAAGUGUGUGUCUCAUUUGCUGUUGAGAGUUAAUGUUGUUAGCAUUAGCAAACACUUUACCUUGGUUUAUCUGGCCUUUUUAAAAAGGUCUAAUAAAACAGAAUAACAUUUAAGUGAUGGCGAAAAUAGGAUCUUCAGUAAAAAAAAAAAAAAAAACAACUGCAAAAAUGUCGCAAUUCAGGAGCAUGGUUGGUUCACAUCAAGGUGCAUUGGUGUGUGCAUGUUCUUCUGGUGCAUGUUUGGUAUACUCCAGCUUCUUCCCACACUCCAAAGAAUGUCCGGUCAUCUUCCUGUGAUUGGUGGGUUUAAACACCUUUAGGAGCGAGUGUGGUUGCUUGUUUUGGUGUGGCUCUGCGAUGGUACCAUCUCUGGUUGAUGAAAGCUGCAAUUCAAGCAGGAUGAAGAGAGUAUUUAAAAUGAACGAAUGGAUGUUUGGUGUUGGAUUUAUCUUUGUUAUACUCAAACACUGGACCAAAAUUUGAACUGAUUUUAGUCGGAUUUUUCAUUUUUUUAGAGGCUUGAAUCAACAUAUUAAAAAGUAUUAACUUAAAGUAUACAUUUAAAGAUAUUUCUUAAUGUUUCUUUCUCACUUUUUAACUGUAAUACAAGAGAAAUGCAAAGCAGUGCUUCAUGAUCUGCCACUGAUUAUUCGUUUUCUUCAUAUUUUUAUUCAGUCCUCAUAAUCAAGGGUGAGUUGUGGCUGCAAAGGUUUUAAAAAGAAAAAUAAGCUCCACAGGAUGUCUGUCUAACCACACCUGUUGCCAUAACUGAUGUCCUCACACUCUUGGAGGACUGCUUUGUGCCAAAUCUCACCUGGUUUACACUUUUACAUAACUGACAUUGAAGACAAUGCUGCCCUCUAGUGGCGAUGAUCCUAAAAGUGGUAUCAGUUUCUACUUAUUAGACGUGUUGAUCCACCUGAGAGUUGAACAGAAACUUCCACAACUUGGCUUUGUGAAACUGUUCUGUGAGGCAACUUUUCAUGUAUUUGCUGUUGCGUGUUGGAGAAGCUCACAGUGACGUGGUGAGGCUGCUUCAGCUGAGGAUUUCACUGUGCAUGCCCAGGACUUCUACUGGAAAAAGUCAAGUCAAGUGAAGUGGUUUGCUUGAAAAUAUCAGAUUUUGUCUUAAAACGUUUCAUACAUUUUAUAAAUGGAUCGGUUCAUUUUUGUGGUAACAUGUAUAUUUUUUGUGUGCUUCCCUCAUGUCUCAUCCAGUGUUCUGAUGAGGAGGAAAUUCCUCUAAUCCAUGUUGGCUCUCCGUUUGUUGAGGAUAUUUAAACAAUCAUGUGACAGCAGUGUGUUUCAGUUUGUUCAGAAGUUGUGUUAAAGUCCUUAAAGGAAAGAGGUGAUUUAAGGCACUUUGAGUUGAGAUAAUAUCUGAUGUUCUUCAAUGGUGUGAGUCAGUCUUCAUGUUUGAGCUGCAUUCACAUUGGAAUCAUUAGAUAACUGAAACCCUACCAGAUAAACCCCUGAAGUCUCCAAGAUGGAGGAAUAAGAUCCAGAUGUAAGAACCUUUAGUUCCAGAAGAGUUACCAGCUUGUGAGAAAUGAAAGACAAAACUAUGAGAAAAUUGAUCAUUAUUGAUACAGUGAAACUGAAAUCAUAUUAGAUUGGCACACAGUAAAUAUUUCAGAGUCUAUACAAAAUGUUGGUUAAACUAAAAAGAUAUUGAAUGUGUAUCAUUACUUCAAAAUAAUAAAACUUUAAGCAAAAGUUAAAAUUUGACAUAAAAAAGAAAUAUUUAAAAAAUUAAAAAAAUAGUUUCAACAUAUAUAAAGUUGAAUUUAUAUUACCAAUCAAGCUGAGAGAAAAGGUUUAAAGUUUUUUUGUUUUUUUUCUGCCAGCAGCUGUGAAUAAAACAUGAAUACUAGUUGAAAUCCAUUAAGGCAAAAAUGUAUUUGUAUUUUUCUAUCUUGAUCUGCAAGGCUCAAUGUGAAUGCUGCAGGAAUUUCUUUUUGCAACACGAUUUCUUCAAAAACAAUCUGAAAAUUGUCAUUUUUUUCAUAUAUGUGAAACUGGCCAAAUUCAAGCAAUACAAACUCAACCUAAUUUUUGCUUUUUUUCCAAAUACUUUGUAGUCGUCACAGCUUGACUGAGUCGCAUCUCUGAGCAAAAAUGCAGGAAGUGAAGGAUGGCCUUUGAGACACAAAAUGACCCAGUCUGACUUUUGUUAGCUGUCCUGUCUGUUGAAUCUAGACUCCUUUAUUGUGAAGGUGAGAGUUGAAAACAUUGAUCAGAAUUUCCUUACUGUUUUUAUGCCACUUAAAGUAUCUUCAUUCCUCUUUCUUCAACGUUCUGAAGCCCCUGUGAUGUGAGUUACAUCAGUUCAAACAGGCUGCUGGAACAGGAGGGAAUCCGCAUCAUUUUUACAUUUACUUAUGUUUGUACUGUUUGUACUUUUAACCCAGUUGUGUGUACACUGUACCUGCUCCUGUCAAUCAGCUGUUACAGCAUUGUGCUGUUUCUCUGUGAUCCGUGUCAGUUUUAACAAGGUUCUCUUUGCUGUUAGUUUUGCUUUUCUGCCAACAUUAAAGAAGAUUUCUGUUCUCCGUGA